GGAAACCGGUGGGAGGGAUCUGGCCUCGGAUUUCCUUGAAACUGCGGCGAAGAAUACGUAGAGCUGGAGCGGUCGCAACCAAGGAAAGGAAAAGGAUAGGAUCCUUCCACCCACCACCCGUUCUCUCUCCCCGGCCCUAUAAAUAGAGACAGGACCCUUGGCCUUCUUUUCCAUCUACAAAAGCGAAUUCUUCUCGUUCUCCUUCGAUUCUCUUCCGUCUCCUCCCCGGCUCUCUCAAGAUGCAGAUCUUUGUUAAGACUCUCACAGGCAAGACCAUCACCCUUGAAGUUGAGAGCUCGGACACAAUUGAUAAUGUUAAGGCCAAAAUCCAGGAUAAGGAGGGCAUUCCCCCUGACCAGCAGAGGCUCAUAUUUGCUGGCAAACAACUUGAGGAUGGUCGCACUUUAGCUGACUACAAUAUCCAGAAAGAGUCAACUCUCCACCUUGUCCUGCGGCUCAGGGGUGGCAUGCAGAUCUUUGUGAAGACCCUUACUGGCAAGACCAUCACCCUGGAAGUUGAGAGCUCGGACACGAUUGAUAAUGUGAAGGCUAAGAUUCAGGACAAGGAGGGCAUUCCCCCGGACCAGCAGAGGCUCAUCUUUGCUGGCAAGCAACUUGAGGAUGGCCGCACUUUGGCUGACUACAAUAUUCAGAAAGAGUCAACUCUUCACCUUGUCCUGCGGCUCAGGGGUGGUAUGCAGAUUUUUGUGAAGACCCUUACUGGCAAGACCAUCACCCUGGAAGUUGAGAGCUCCGACACGAUUGAUAAUGUGAAGGCUAAGAUUCAGGACAAGGAGGGCAUUCCCCCGGACCAGCAGAGGCUCAUCUUUGCUGGCAAACAACUUGAGGAUGGCCGCACUUUGGCUGAUUACAACAUCCAAAAAGAGUCAACACUUCACCUUGUCCUGCGGCUCAGGGGUGGUAUGCAGAUUUUUGUGAAGACCCUUACUGGCAAGACCAUCACCCUGGAAGUUGAGAGCUCUGACACGAUUGAUAAUGUGAAGGCUAAGAUUCAAGACAAGGAGGGCAUUCCCCCGGACCAGCAGAGGCUCAUCUUUGCUGGCAAACAACUUGAGGAUGGCCGCACUUUGGCUGAUUACAACAUCCAGAAAGAGUCAACGCUUCACCUUGUCCUUCGGCUCAGAGGUGGCAUGCAGAUCUUUGUGAAGACCCUCACUGGCAAGACCAUCACUCUGGAAGUUGAGAGCUCCGACACGAUUGAUAAUGUGAAGGCUAAGAUUCAGGACAAGGAGGGCAUUCCCCCGGAUCAGCAGAGGCUCAUCUUUGCUGGUAAACAGCUGGAGGAUGGGCGCACGCUGGCGGACUAUAACAUUCAAAAGGAAUCUACUCUUCAUUUGGUCCUCCGGCUUCGGGGUGGGAUGCAGAUAUUUGUGAAGACCCUCACUGGGAAGACAAUCACUCUGGAAGUGGAGAGCUCAGACACCAUCGAUAAUGUCAAGGCCAAGAUCCAAGACAAAGAAGGGAUCCCUCCUGAUCAGCAGAGGCUCAUUUUUGCUGGGAAGCAGCUUGAGGAUGGGCGUACCCUGGCAGACUAUAACAUCCAGAAGGAAUCCACUCUCCAUCUUGUCCUGCGUCUUCGUGGUGGUGCUGCUGCUGAUGAGUAAGGGGUUUUCAGGGUCUGAACAAGUUUCACUUCUAGUAUGCUGUGUCCUUUAUAUCAAUAAUUGUCUGGUUGUAUAUGGAUGCUCUAUCCUGUCUUCGUUCUGUUGGUUUUAGACUUAUGUGUUUGAAGUUUGGUUUGUGUGUUAUUCGAACUUGGUGGUUUAGUUCUCUCUGGAACAAUUAUAGUUACUAUUCGUUUGAUGGUUUA